AUGGGAUCAACUACGGAGUUACCAAACAAGACUAUACUAAAAAAUGGGUCGAGGAUACAGACACUCCUAAAUAGGCUACCAAAGGAAUUUUUGAUAAAAAAUUGUUUACAUUGGAUUCAAUCACAUACAUAUCCACCAAAUGCAACUGCUGACGGUGUGGAUGAUGAGCUUCCUAUGGAAGAUUGGAACCCUUUACAGUUCUAUCUCGAUCCUCCAAAAUCCAUGCUCAAACGUGCCAUUGCAUAUAGAAUGAUCAACCUGGAUUGGCGUAAUGGAUUUUCUUUAGGUCAGAUAGCCCAUUUAGAGCUUGCUGCUAUUGCUGAAGGCAUAUUUAGUUUCCGCUGGACGGCAUCCAAGGUUUUCCAUCAGCAUGAGCGUUCUCUAUUUUCGAAUCCCAGUCUUGUUCUCCACAUGCUUAAGUUAGAAUUACAAGCUUUGUUCAUCUACCACACAUACAUGCUGCAACACCCGACACUCCCUAUAUGGUUAAUGCGUAUCCAACUACAUGAGUCUAGCAAACCAUCAUCUCUUCACCUACUUCCUUCCUCUCGGCGAGUCCUAUACCUUGGUAUAGUGAAAAAUUCUGAUGUAGUAUUACAUAAUAUAUUUCUGAAGAACGAUGUUUGUCAUAGAUUGUUUUUACAAUGUUUAACAAGGGUCGUAGACCGUCUUCAAACUGCCAGUUUUUUACAACCAUUAGAAAUUACGGGCAAAAGUUUGGAAAGCCUAUAUCAAAUUUUGGGCUCCCACCGAAAAACCAAUGCUUUAGGCGCCUGGCAAAUCUACGGAAAUAACGAAAUAGAUUCAUCGCCGUUAGAUUUGCGUCCAACAAAUUUGGCUGCCAAGUACUUUUAUCCAAAACAACUUGUGUCAAAGACACUUAGUGAAACCGACAGAAAAAUAGCAACUCAAAAUCGUUUUGGUGAUCUGUCGAACCAGGCUCUCGAUCGUGUCAUAAUUAGUCUAAACCACGAUUACUUGGAUGAUGAAGAGGAGGGUCUAAGGAAUGCAAGCGUUAGAGGUAAACCGCUUUCUACUUCAGAUGUGCAUAGACCAGUUUUGACAUUACAGUUUCGAGGCCAGCAUGUUUUUCAAGGCAUAAAAGAACUUUGUGAAGAAGGGGCAAUGGAUCCAAUUACCAUGCCUUCCUAUCUGACUGGUGAAUCAGGCAAAUCUAUGCUUUAUGUCUACGACGGAUUGGAACAAAAUAAACCAACCAUACAGGGCUUUCAGGAAACAUCAUGA